CGCCAAUCGUCGAUACUUUGACCAUGUCGGACGGCGGCAGCGGCAGCGAUUCGGAAGAGGAAUUCGUAUUGCCGCCUGGCUUUGAAAGCGUCACAGGUGGAUCCAUCACAAAGAGUUGUCUGGAAAACAAGGAGUUGUGGUUCUUUCGUAUUCCCAAGAACGAGGAUGCGUCCGUCCUGCAUGGCGUGACGAUCAAGUUGCCAAAAGACAAACGAGCAACGAUUGAAGUUCCCGUGCAAGGCGCCACGAAACAGUUCAAGCUCACGUCGAGUGAUACCCACCUGUACUCCCAAGUCAUCAACCUCGUCCCUGACAAGAAGAACAGCCAGAACUUUGUACCAGGCAAACCCUUUGCUCGGAGCUUCUCACUUGUCGAGACGGUGGAAGUUCCUAAAAAACGAGACGUCGUCGCCACAGAGCCCUCCCCUGCAAUGGAUGGUAGUCCAGCCAAGAAGAAGUCGAAAAAGUCGAAAAAGCACCGCACGGCGGAGUAGAGUCGUCGUCCAGCAUCCCAAUCAACAUAAUCAUACAUAGUAUUUCAACACAUCUUGGCAGGGCAUGCGACGAACGUACGAGUUUCAUUGAGCCGCAACGGAGGCCCCAGUCCAU